AUGUCGGACCUCGAGAAGAACAGCAAGGCGGUUGACCCGCACCUCUACACCAAUGAGCCGGUGGACGAGGAGGUCGGUGUCACCAAGAGGGGUGAGCCCUUGAAGAAGGACCUCAAGAGCAGACACAUGCAGAUGAUUGCCAUCGGUGGUGCCAUUGGUGCUGGUCUCUUCAUCGGUUCUGGUAGCGCUCUGAGAAACGGUGGUCCCGCCUCGCUGGUCAUCUGUUAUCUCAUCGUCGGUUUCAUGCUUCUGUUCACCAUGCAGGCCCUGGCCGAGAUGGCUGUUCUGUACCCCGUCAACGGUGCCUUCUACACUUACAUUGUCCGAUUCGUCGACCCUUCGUGGGGUUUUGCCAUGGGUAUCGACUACGCCUUGUCCUGGCUCACUGUCUUGCCCUUCGAGUUGACUGCCGCGAGUUUGACGAUUCGGUUCUGGAGAGAAGACGUCAACGUCGCCGUCUGGAUUACCGUCUUCUUGGUCGUUCUGAUUAUCAUCCAGUUCUUCGGUGUCCGUGGCUACGGUGAGGUUGAGUUCAUUCUCUCCGUCAUCAAGAUUGCCGCCUGUACCGGUUUCAUCAUCUUCGGUAUCGUCUACAACUGUGGCGGUGUUGGCGACAAGGGUUACAUUGGUGCCAAGUACUGGUACGACCCUGGUGCUUUCAACAACGGCUUCAACGGAUUUGCUGGUGUCUUCACCGUCGCCGCCUUCGCCUUCGCCGGUACCGAGCUGAGCGGUCUGGCUGCCGCCGAAUCUGAGAACCCCCGCAAGGCCAUCCCCCAGGCCACCAAGCAGGUGUUCUGGCGUAUCCUGUUCUUCUACGUCCUGAACCUCUUCAUCCUCGGACUUGUCAUGCCCUACAACGAUGAGCGUCUCAAGAACGCCAGUGGCUCCAACUCGCGGUACUCACCCUUCGUCCUGGCCAUCCAGGACGCCGGCGUUGAUGUCCUCCCGUCCAUCUUCAACGCUGUCAUCACCAUCUCCGUCAUCAGUGUUGCCAACUCUUGUACCUACGGUUCUACCCGUACCCUCCAGGCCAUGUCUGAGCGUGGUAUGGCUCCCGCCUUCCUUGCCUACAUUGACAAGGCCGGACGGCCUCUCUGGUGUGUCGUUCUCCAGCUCGCCUUCGGUCUGCUGGCCUACAUUGGUGUUGCUGGAAACCAGGGUGACAUCUUCACCUGGCUGCUGGCUCUGUCCGGUCUGUCGUACUUCUUCGUCUGGGGCUCCAUCUGCCUGGCUCACAUUCGAUUCCGUGCUGGCUGGAAGGCCCAGGGCUACACCUUGGCCCAGCUCCCUUACAAGGCUCCCCUCGGUAUCUGGGGUAGCGCUAUGGGCUUGACUAUCACCAUUCUGGCCAUCAUGGCUACUUUCUACACCUCUCUCUACCCGAGCACCGACGCUGAGCCCGAUGCCGAGUACUUCUUCUCCCAAUUCCUCGCCGCUUUCGUCGUCCUAUUCCUGUACAUCUUCUGGAAGGUCUACACCCGCGACUGGAGAUUCUUUGUCAAGGCCCACGAGAUGGACCUCAAGUCUGGAGCUCGCAUCUUGGAGCCGACCGACGAGCCCAUGCCCGUCAAGACCUGGGCCAACCUUCCCAUGCGUGCGGUUCGCGCCCUGUUCUAA